CCCGUCUCGUCUCUCCCCCAUUAACUUUUCUUUCUCCUCUUCUCUCUCAGGUUUUCAUUUCUCUCUCUAGCCUUCUGUUUCGUUCUGUCGGUCCUUUGCUGCCCCGCCCGCCUGCGCCUUUCUUCGCCCACUCAGCAGCCUUCGCGCCCGCCAUACCUUUGAAGGCUUUCGCGCUCUAACUCUAAUGGAGAUGGAUGAAGUUCAAGUCGAUCACAAUGGAGACAUCAAUGGCAAUGAUGAAUCUGCAGAUCAGCAGCCUCUGCAGCUGCUAGAAUCUUCUGGUACAUGCCAAGACGAUGAGCCCGAGAGAGAAACUGAGUUGCUGCCUCGAAUUGGAGAGCAAUACCAGGUCCUUAUCCCACCUAUCGUUACCAAAUCGGUCUACCUCCAAAAUGAUCAUACAUUACCCUCAGAAGGCAAUUCUCUCAAGUUUUCAAUCGGGUUGCCUAUAUCACUAACAUGGAUUAAGGAAGAAGGCGAAAUGAUCAAGAAAGAACUAGAUGAGUUCCUCAAUGCUUUGUCCACUGGUUCCAACAAGAAGGAAACUGGGAAUGCUAAGAUUGAUGAAGUUGUUCAAUGUGGUACUAAAACUUACCUUUUGGUACCUGGUUCGUCUUGCUGUGAUGAAUGGAAUGAUCUAGAAGUGGGGAGCUUUCUGCUUGGUUUGUAUGUCUUUGGGAAGAACCUUGUUCAAGUACAGAAGUUUGUUGAGAGUAAGACAAUGGGCCAGAUACUGUCCUUCUACUAUGGGAAGUUCUAUAGGUCGAGUAGAUAUCGUAAGUGGUCUGAAUGUGGGAAGCAGAAUGGAAGGACUAGAAUGUUUGGACAGAGGAUCUUCACUGGGUCUAGGCAUCAGGAGCUCAUGUCUCGCUUGGUCAAUCAUUCGUCCGAGGAAUGUCAGCACACUUUGCAGAAGGCUGCCAAGUCAUUUGGAGAGGGGCAAAUGACGCUGGAGGAAUAUGUAUUUGCUUUAAAAUCAGCAGUCGGUUUAAAGGCCUUUGUAGAAGCAGUGGGAAUUGGCAAAGGGAAACAAGACCUAACAAGCACUGCCAUGGACUCCCUGAGGUCAACGAAUCAUGGUGGGACAGCUCGACUAGAGAUACCUGUGGGCAAAGAAUGUUCAAAGCUAACACUUUUGGAGAUAGUCAAUAUCCUAACAGGAAGAUACCGGCUGAGCAAAGCUAGGUCGAACGAUAUCUUCUGGGAAGCUGUUUGGCCAAGACUGCUUGCUAGAGGAUGGCGCUCAGAGCAACCUAAAGAUGGUUCCAGAAACUCCCUGGUGUUUAUAGUCCCCGCAGUUAAGAAAUUCUCUCGAAGGAAGCUUGUGAAAGGAGAGCAUUACUUCGAUUCGGUUACUGAUGUUCUGACCAAAGUUGGUUCUCAGCCUUCACUUCUUGAACUUGAUAUUGGGAAGGAAGAGAAUGGUUGGAGUAAAGGUGGAAACUUUGAGGGAGAUAAUUUAGGUGGUAAGGAGCAACACUGUUAUCUUAAACCGAGGAAAUCAGAACUUGGUAGUACGACUGGUUUGAGCUUCACAGUUGUCGAUACGAGCCUGGCUAAUGGGCAAAGCAAGAAGAUAACGCAACUGAGAAAGUUGCCAACUUUGGCUUUGAACAUUUCCCUCCCCAUUAGUGAUUCUGAAGAUAGUAGUAGUAGUAGUAGUGAUGAUGAUUAUUCUUCAGAAGGGCCCACAGAUGCAUCGCAUUCUGCAGGAGACUCGAGUGUUGAUUUAGAUUUUCAUGGAAAUGGCACUGCGAGGCAUAGUUUCCUUGUGAAUGGCUUGAACAGUAAGGCUGCUACUGCUGAUGAUGGAAGAGCUAUGCAGGCGAGAAAGGUUUUUGUGAACAAUCCUCAAGCUAUAAGGAAAAGAAAAGUACCCAGCAAUGGGAAUGCUGAAGUGGACCCGCCAGCUGCAAAAAGGCACCAGAUGAAAACAGCAGCAGCAGCAGCACCACCACCACCACCACCAGCAGCAGCUGCAGCAGUGCCUUGUGAUGCAAGGAAUACCAAAUGCAGAACUUUUGAUGAUUUGGUUGGUCAACGGGUGGAGAAGCAACAACAGAAAGUAGCAGAGCCUUGUGACCCAAGAAAGACUAAUUUCAUAACAUUUAAUGACCAGUUAAUCAGUGCUCCAAGGAUGAUUGAGGAUUAUCCUGUGAACUAUCGCGGACAUGGAUUUCCUUCCCAUGUGCCGAGUCAGCAGCAAGAGAAACUACCUUUCACCAGUUCUUCAUCCAGCUUUAUGAGCAGUACUUCUUCUGCUACUGAAAAUUCCAACGACAACCCUCAAUCUCGGACAUUGAUUGACCUUAAUAUUGCACCGACCCAUCAAGAACCUGAGCACUCAAUGAUGUCUGAAAGGAAGAUCAACGAUGUGCAGACAGAGGACCCUGGAGUCUCAAAUCAGCCAGAGGACCCUGGAGUCUCAAAUCCUUCAACUUCUGACUCUCGUAGACACAGUACUAGAAACCGGCUACUGACUACUAAGGCAAUGGAAGCUCUUGCUUAUGGGUUCUUAAGCUUGACGCCAAAGAGAGACAGCCAUGCAUCGAAACAAGAGUCUAAACGAGCAAAGAAGGCGAGGAUUGGCAGCAGUAGUACCAACUUUGGACCCGAAAUCGUGGAUUUGAAAGGUGGAGAUGAACCAGGAAGCUGUCUGACCAAGAGUAGCAGUAGCAAUGACAUCGAUAACGAGGUUCAUGUUCGAGGUAACGAGCCAUUUGUCAGCUGAGCUUGAAAAUGAGUUGAAACCGUUGAAUGAACCGAGAAACCUGUGUGUACAGCUCAGCUCUCCUAGUUUACUACAUAGGUUACAUCGCAAGAAGAUGAUGGAAACAGAAAAGACCAGGAAGCUGGUAUUCUGGAGUUGGAGUUUUGACUUAAACUUCAUUCAAAAUCAAAUGCCUUGGAAAGAAAAAGUGCUUUGUUGUGAAGGGGAAAUUUAACUCCAUUGUUAAAGAAUCCAUCUUUACAAAUAAUAGUUGAAAACCGGUUACUUUAAUUUGCUUAAUUUUUUAGUCCCAACAACAGAUUUUAGCCUGAUCAUAUAAUGGAAGGCCAGAGUUUAAAUCUCUUUUAGAUUUGCUCCUAAUUGGUUGCUUUGGCAUGUAGAGAUAUGAGGUAGAGCUCAAAGACCAAGAAGUUCAAUUUCUUGCUUUACUUAAUUUAUGGUUAAUGCCAAUUUUAAAUAUGCAUAAGUUAUUAAUUAA